AAAAAAAAAAAAAAAAACUCAACACAGAGACAUUGCCAUAAAGGGCGAGAAGCCUAUCAGCAAGAAGAGUCUCUACAGUCUGAGGAAGGAACCGCAGCAGCCAUGGCCGCCACUAGAGCCAUAGCCAUAGCCGGCAACUCCACAUGCUCUCUGCUUACAAAGAAACCCUUUGUGGGUGGCACUGUCCUUCGCCUCAACAACCUCAAGUUUUGUAGGACUACUAGGAGGAGGUCUUACACCUGCAGGGCCAUCUACAAUCCCCAAUUUGUGGUCAAUGAGGAAGGCCAACCAGAAACCCUUGAUUAUAGAGUCUUCUUUGUCGACAAAUCCGGCAAGAAGGUUUCUCCCUGGCAUGAUAUUCCCUUGCGGUUAGGCGAUGAUGUCUUCAACUUCAUUGUUGAGAUUCCUAAAGAAUCCAGUGCCAAGAUGGAGGUUGCCACUGAUGAGCCUUUCACUCCCAUAAAACAGGAUACCAAAAAGGGGAAGCUUCGAUAUUAUCCAUAUAAUAUACAUUGGAACUAUGGCUUACUUCCACAAACAUGGGAAGAUCCAUCAUUUGCAAACUCUGAAGUUGAAGGAGCAUUGGGAGAUAAUGAUCCAGUUGAUGUGGUGGAGAUUGGUGAAAGCCGGAGGAAAAUAGGUGAGGUUCUCAAGAUCAAACCCUUGGCUGCAUUAGCCAUGAUUGAUGAAGGAGAACUUGAUUGGAAAAUAGUUGCGAUUUCAUUAGACGAUCCAAAGGCUUCACUUGUGAAUGAUGUUAAUGAUGUUGAGAAGCAUUUUCCAGGAACUCUAACUGCAAUUAGGAACUGGUUCAGAGACUACAAGAUACCUGAUGGAAAGCCUGCUAACAAAUUUGGGCUUGGCAACCAGGCAGCAAAUAAGGAUUAUGCGCUUAAGGUCAUCAUGGAGACCAAUGAGUCCUGGAAUAAACUUGUCAAGAGAUCAAUUCCUGCAGGAGAGUUAUCACUUGUGUAGUCUGUUAUUCAUGCAAUUGAGUAGAGACUCCUGUGUAUUGAAUAAAGGACAAUUUUUCAGUUGUGCUCUUAUUAAUUUUUAAAUUAAUGCAAACAUAAAAAUCGCUACUUUCGUGUGAAAA